UAAACAUAACUGAAAACAUCAGCUUGCGUGUGUAGUCUAAUGAAAUGAGUCACUUUCAGUUACGCAUAACAAGGCAACGUAGACCAGGCGCUGAGCAGCGCAGGACAAAACAGAAAAAUGGUCAAGCAAGUGGUAACAACAAUAUGUUUUAUUCUUUUCCAUUGCGUUAUUUGUUACUGGGCGUUUAGGUCAUCUUGUAACAUACGCUCUUUCGCAAAAAGCAUACCGACGAUUGCUAAGUAUUUUGGCACCAAAGGUCGGUAUGAAGAGGUUAACACAUAUUUAAUCGAUGACAUUCUCGCCAUAAACAAUUCAAUAGCGACGCUCCCUUCCUCGAAAUGCAGUGCGAUUCAUCUGACGGCUAUAAUUCGUCAUGGAACGAGGUUGCCGACCAAUAAAAAUAUACGCAAGAUGCGGGAUUUCUAUAAUCUAGUGGUGCGAAACGCCUCCGACAAGUUGAACUGUUUGUCAGAGGUCAAAUCACGUUGGACGAUGUGGUACACAGAUGACAUGGACGGGCAGCUGGUGGAAAAAGGCAGUGAUGAUCACAGGUAUUUGGCGCAGAGACUGAUCAAAUGGUUCCCAUCUCUGCUGUCCGUGGACAAUGUGCGUAACGGAGGCGUAAAACUGAUGACUAGCACCAAACACAGAUGUGUGAGCAGUACCAUCGCUUUUAGAACGGGACUAAUGCAAGGACUGAAUAGAGAAGAAGAAAGAGUCAUUGCUGAGUUGGAAAUAGAAGAGAAUGAUGCUUUGAUGCGUUACUUCGACCAGUGCGAACGGUUUGUGAAAGAGGUGGAGAACAAUAUAAACGCUUUGGAGGAAGUGAAACGAUUCAAUAAAGGCGCUGAGAUGAAGAGAGCAAUGGAGAAAUUGGCAGACAGGCUUGAAGUCCCUUACUCCAGCAUCACUUAUGAUUCAAUAGAAGCAGCAUUCUACCUUUGCUCAUAUGAGUUCACUAUCAAGGGGGUGAACUCACCCUGGUGCCAGUUGUUUGAUGAGGCAGAUGCACUGGUAAUGGAGUAUUCUAGUGACCUGAAGCAAUACUGGAAGAGAAGCUAUGGACACGAGAUCAACAGAAAGUCCAGCUGCAUCCUGUUCCGUGAUCUUUUCCAUCGCCUUGACCGAAUUGUUGCCCAGUUCAACUCGAGUGGUACAGUAUCUGAGGUUGUAACAGUGCAGGUUGGCCACGCUGAGACGCUGAUACCCCUCCUCACCUUACUUGAUAUGUUCAAGGAUGACACACCUCUCAAGUCGACUAACUUCGCCACCCAACAGAACAGAACGUUCCAAAGUAGCCGCUUUGUGCCGUACGCUGCCAACCUGCUGGUAUCGCUGUAUGAUUGCCCAGAUGGAAUAAGGAUGGAGGUGCGACUAAACGAGAAUCCUUUGACCUUGCCUGGACUCAGUGAAUCCGUGCCCAUGUAUGAAGAUGUAAAGAUGCACUACAGUGCUCUGCUCAGUGGGUGUGACCAAAAGACUGUGUGUAAAAUAAACAAUUCAUAAACACAAGAUGACCACAUUUAACUACACUAACACCACCAGCAAGACUGACAGCAUUGCAGUAUUCAGAAGUACAUAAGAACAACAGCCAAACAAUUGUUUUAGGUUAUAGAUUUUACUGUAGGCCGUGUUCAGACUUGACUUCUUUUUUGAAGCUGCUAGCAUCUGUUUUACAUUAUAAUCCUAUGGAGUAAACCGUGUUUUCAAAAAAGUCCUGAGUGCUUUUUUAAACGCCAGCACCGGCGUCUUUUUCUUUUGAGGUUGAAAAAGUUCAACUUUUCUGAAAAAACGCUCCUUUUUCACAGCUAACCAAUGACAGAGACAUGUCGUUUCCAUAACAACAUGCGAGGAACGUGAUUGGUCGAGAAAUGUAAUUUAAUUUUCACUUUCAACAACUUCUGAUUGCAUUUCUAGCGAGAAAUUAGUAUUGUAAAUAUGUGAUUAGUUAUUGCAAAGACGCUCUCUGUUUAUAAUUCAAAUAGACUUCCGUUACGCUGCCUAUCUGUUUCUCUGGGCUGCCUCCGUGCACAGACGCUGCCUCCGAAGUCAUGGCGUUCGUCUGCUAUUUGUAACCAAACGCUGCCAGCAUUUUUUCUUACUAAAGCGCAUUUGUCAACUUUUUCUUGUCAAAAAAGUCAAGUCUGAACAUAGCCUUAGAAGUAUAUUGAUACAGAAGAAUUGACCUCGAUGCUUGAUGACUCUGGUUUCUAUGGACCACUAACUGACUAACCAAGGUUGACUUGAUAGGCUUGGACACAAGUUUUAUGGUUCAGCAAAGAAGUAUAACCAAAUUUACCGUCGUAGUAUGACUACUUUAUUAUCUCUAUGGACUGAAUUCUUUGACCAAUAACUGAAUGAUUUACACAUUGUGCUAUUUUGUACAACAGUAAAUUGUUAUGCUUUAUUUAAUCAUAUAUAAAGCUUAUACAUACAGACCAAAUAUCCUUGUAAAUGUAUAUUUUAUGUAUAAUUGUACUAUUAUAAAAACAAUGUGUCAGUGUCAGGCUUUUUCCUAUAAUUGCAAUUUUUUAUAACAAAUUAGAUAUGCAUGCAGAAUUUAUUUCAUAAACUAUGCCUUGACUUAUAAGGCAAAUAUGCAUUAAUACAUUUCUAACCUUUGUGGUUCAGUUAAGGUUUGAUUUUUGUUUCAUAUCUUGGUUUUGCUUUGUGGUGCACAUCCUUCCCUGCUUACUGACCACUGUUUGCAUCUCUAGUUGUCUUAGGACUCAAAGUCUAUAAAAUAAUCAUUAAUAUUACAGUGUUAACAGUAUUACCAUUGUCUUAUACAUAAAAUAAGGUAAGUAGAUGAUAUUAUGGCACAAUAGUUAUGUAACAUUUGGCAUGAACAUUUAUUGUAAUGUGUGCAUAACCAGAGGAAGUGUGUAAAGUCUAGUUCCUCAAGGUUUUACUCCCUCUUCACCCAAACAUCUUGCUGCCAUCAAUUUUAUCUUCCUCACUCGGAGCAUUAAAUAAUGAUUUGUACAACUGCUUUGAAACUAAUGUGAGUAAUUCAAUUUAUGCAUUUGACUUGACUUCACUGUUAAGGUUUGCCUAUUUGUUCUUUUAGAAUUACAAGAGUUAAAUGAGUAACUUCUGUUGAACGUUGCCUUCACCCAGGGCACAUUUAUGAUUGGAUAAUUUGUUACAAAGUUAGUAAAUUGUAAAACAGAUAAAUGAAUAA